UUUUACAAAAUGGAGCGGGGGGUGAAAUCCGGCGCCUCUCACAGAGCAUCAUCCUGAACCCCAAAGGUCAACUGCAGCAGGAGCUGGUCAGAAGCCGUCACCUCGAAAACCUGGUACCCGACACAGACGCCGAGGUCUUCAUUAGCGUGCAAGGGGACCUGCUCGGCGAGACGCUGGUGGGGGGGCUGCAGAGCUCCACGCUGCAGAAGCUCAUCACACUGCCGUACGGGUGCGUGGAGCAGAACAUCUUCAGCGUCACCCCGAACAUCAUCCUCACCCACUACUUGGACACCACCAAGCAGUGGGACCAGAUUGGGGUGGAGCUCCGGGACGCAGCCGUCCAGAACAUCGCCCACGGCUACGCCCGCCAGCAGGAUUACAGGGAGCAUGAUGGUUCCUACAAGCCCUAUCGGGGAAGCACCGGCAGCACCUGGCUGACCGCCUACAUCCUCAAGGUGUUUGCCAUGGCCUUGCCGCUGGGCACCUCCAUCGGCCCCAGCGAGCUGUGUGCCAGCGCCCGGUGGCUGAUCGGCCAGAGGCAGGAAGCGUCCGGGUGGUUCCGUGAGGACGCUGUGAUUUAUACGCCCGCAAUGCAGGGCGGGUACCACGGCUCCAACACCGACGCCUCCCUCACAGCCUUCGUCCUCGUGGCACUGAAGGAGGCCGAGUCCAUCUGCAGCCACCAUGUGAACGAGCUGCCCAACGGCCUGCAGAAAGCUCAGGGCUACCUGGAGAGCUGUCUCUGGACCCUGCAGAACCCCUACAGCGUGGCCAUCAGCUCCUACGCCCUGGCCCUGGUGAACAGCUCUCUGGCCAACGCCGUCCUGGACAACUUCGCCUCCCACAACAGGACACACUGGCCCGUGGAUCAGCACACGGACCGCACUCUGUACAGCAUCGAAGCCACGGCCUACGGCCUCCUGCAGAAGCUGACCCUCGGGCACUUUGAGGAGACCCACCCCAUCGUGCGAUGGCUGGUCGAGAGCAGGGAGUUUGGCGGGGGCUAUGAGAGCACCCAGACCACAGUGAUCGGCAUGCAGGCCCUGGCGCAGUACCGGGCCGCCAUCCCCCCCGAGGUCAUCGACCUGAAGGUGCAGGUCAGGGUGCCCACGCGCAGGCUGACCGAGGUCUGGGCCAUCGACAAGAGCAACGCCUACCAGCAGCGCUCCAGCUCCAAAAAGUUCUACGCCCACGAAGCUUUGAACAUCACUGCCAGCGGGACGGGCACCGGCACAGUGACACUCCUGACCCUGUACCACACGCUGCCGCCGGCCCGCGAACAGGAGUGCCAGGCCUUCUGGCUGGCAGUGACCGUGGAGGAGGUGCCCGAAGCCAAGAAGAAGCAGGACGACAUCAACACCUUCCGGCUCCGGCUCCAGGCCCGGUCCCUGGGGCUGCGGGAUGCCACAAUGACCAUCAUCGACAUCUCCUUGCUGACAGGCUUCGAGCCCAACCUGGGCGAUCUCAAGCAGCUCACCAACAGUGUGGAGCAGUACAUCUUCCUCUUCGAGAGCAAAGGCACCAUCAGCAACAACUCCGUCAUCCUCUACUUCAACCAGAUUUCCAAUCAGACGGACACGGAAGUCGGGUUCCGGAUUCACCAGCGUGCGCAGCUGGGGAUGCUGCAGCCGGCUGUGGUCACCAUCUACGAGUAUUACGAGCCUGCCCGGAGAUGCAGCCACUUCUACAACGUGCCGAACGAGAGUGGGCUGCUGAGGAAGAUCUGCCAGGAGGAGGUGUGCAAAUGCGCCGAAGAUAAUUGCCUUCAGAUGACCCUUCCCCGCAGCCUGUCGGAGGACCAGCUCUACGAGAAAGCCUGUGACACGGGCGUGGACUACGCCCGGAGCGACUCUCCGCCAGUGUAA